GGUACUAAACGGAAGCAUCCUGAAUAGUUUGUAGUUACCCGAAUGCAACUGUUGUCUCUUUCGUUUUGAAUUUGUGCCGCUGUGUGUCUGCUGUUCCAUUAAUGAAGGAUUUUCAGUGCAAGUGUUAAUAAGAGGGCUGUAUAGACAUGGUAGGAUAUGAUCCCAGUGCUCAGAGUGGAUCUCCUUCCCCAGAGGAGGCAGCCCUGGCUGGUUCAGCUGGUGGGAUGGUCACCAGAGCACUUAUCAGCCCAUUUGAUGUUAUUAAAAUCCGUUUCCAGCUGCAGAUCGAGCGUGUGUCUUCGCAAAGACCCGAAGGAAAAUAUUGGGGAAUAUUUCAGGCAUUCCGAAGUAUUUACUCAGAGGAGGGUCUCACUGCUUUCUGGAAAGGUCACAUUCCAGCGCAGCUCCUCUCCAUCUGCUUUGGGGCUGUCCAGUUUGUCAGUUUUGAGUUUCUGACCAAGAUGGUUCACAAGUCGACGCCGUACGACAGUCGGACUCCAGGAGUUCAUUUUGUCUGUGGCGGCUUGGCAGCCUGCUCUGCUACGAUGGCCUGCCAGCCUCUGGACACACUGAGGACACGCUUCGCAGCUCAGGGAGAACCCAAGGUUUACAGUAACUUGCGGUAUGCCGUGUCCACGAUGUGGCGCUCUGAGGGACCAGUGGCGUUUUACCGCGGCCUGUCUCCUGCCCUGAUUGCAGUGUUUCCUUAUGCUGGGCUGCAGUUCUUCUUCUACAAUGUCUUUAAGCAGCUGUUGGCUCCUCCACCUAAAUCCAGAGACUCAGGAGGAAAUGUGAGAAGCCUGAUCUGUGGCAGUGGGGCGGGAAUGAUCAGUAAAACCCUCACAUACCCCUUUGAUUUGUUCAAAAAGAGGCUGCAGGUGGGCGGCUUUGAGAAAGCCCGCGCUCACUUUGGACAGGUGCGGUCCUACACAGGCCUGAUAGACUGUGCGGUGCAAAUAGUCAAAGAGGAAGGCAUCCAAGGCUGCUUUAAAGGCCUCGCUCCCAGCCUUCUGAAGGCCGCUCUGUCCACAGGCUUCACCUUCUUCUGGUAUGAGUUCUUCCUCAACGUCAUGUCCAACAUUAGAGCAAAACGGGAAGGACAAAAGGAGAGAUAAUGCAUAAAGGAAAACUACAUAGGAAAUGAGGCAAUCACGCACAUUAUAAACACACUAACGCCUUGUUGCACUGAACAUGUCACUCAGCUGAGAAACUGAGCGGGUUUAUCGGGUUUCUAUGGUGUUUAAAAAUGUUAAGUGGAUGUUGCUGUAUCAUUUACUUUUAUUUUGUAAGCAUUAUAUUUUUGUUGAGGUGAUGGUAUCUUGCUUGAAUCUUGAGCACAGCAAUGUCAAUUUUGUUUCAGUGUCAAAUGAUCAAAUUCUGUUGAUAAUCGAUUGUCAUCUGGUGGUGACAAAACAGUUUUCAAGCCAUAUCAGCGACAAAGCAGCUGAAACCUUUUUAGGUCAACUAAUCAAACCAGGUAAAGUUAGUCAUGAACGUCAUGGCUUCACGACCAUCACUUUUCAUGAAAAUUCAAUUACUGACCAAAGACUAAGUAGAAAGUUAGUAGAAAGUUGUUUUUUCACACAUACUGACUAGCAAUUGGUAAUCCUGCUGGGACCUAGCUU